AUGAAAGCAAACAUGGGCGGUACCGAAUUGUUAAAACCACUUCAAUGGCUACAAGAUCAUCCACCUGAACAAGGUCAAGCUCGACAAAUCUUUCUUCUAACUGACGGUGAAAUUGCUAAUGUUAGUCAAGUUAUUGAUCUCUGUCGGUCAAUGUCGACUUCCACUAGAAUUUUUUCUUUCGGUUUGGGUGGUUCACCAAGUCGUUCGCUUGUCAAAGGUCUCGCGCGUGCAACCAACGGUCGGUCGUUUAAUGCAGCCAAAGGAUCAAAUAUCUCAAUGUCAUCAGAUGACGAUGCAUCCGACUGUGCCCAAAGUUCACCGAUUAAUUUGCUCAACUGCUCUGUAAAAUCAGAUUCUGCGGAUCGUCGAUUAAGUAGCUCAUCGUCAUCGGAUAGUGAUGAUGAUUUGUUAACCAAACAUUUAGCAGAUCACCAGAGCAUGGCAUACUCCCAACGUUCGCCUCAUGCGAUCAAUCGUUCAAGUAAUUCAUCGUUGUCUGAUAGAGAUAUGAUCCUCGAUCAAUGUUUUUCAACAGCUCGGAAGGAGCAUGGUGUCCUCUCAUCUUUUCAGCAUGAACAAGAUGAUGAUGAUACAACUAAGGAGAAAGAAGAGACGUGGCCGACAAAUGAUCAAGAUAUUGUUCGCUAUUUAAUAAAUAAACAAAAGUUUGAUGGUGUUUGGGAUUUGGAUGGAAACAUUAUUGAAAAAUUGACGGGCAAGCCUCUGGCAAGUUUCUCAUCAUUAACUAGAAAUGUUCAAAUUCUCAUAUCGUCUAUUGUUCUUGUUUCAUUGGAAACGCGUUUUGCUUCACACUCCACUAUAUGGUAUUGUGUAGUGCAAAAAGCACGCCAACGCCUUCUUGAUUUGCUUAACCACGAUAGAAACCGACUCGAUUCUUUAUUGGAAAAUAUCCGUCAACAAAUUUGA